CGGUACGACGAGGCGGAAAAUGAGGCCAAGCAACUAAUCACCAAGUGCCAAACUGCCAACGACAAAAUGCUUGAAAUGAUGGUUACACAAGUGUUAGCAUUUAUUAUUGGCAGAAAAGGUGACCUCCUGGGCAGCCUGGAGAAGCAUGAGGAAGUAUGGAAUUGGCGAAAAAAACAAUUUACGAGUCGUCAUGAACAAACAGUUGCAUCAUUGCAUAAUUAUAGGACAAUGCAAGUACGAGCUAGGAGAGUAUGACGACGCAAUCAACAUCUUUAAUAAUAUUUUAGAAGAUUUUCUCGAAUUUCGAACACAUCCUGACAAUUUGAGAUCGAGGUAUUGGCUAAUUAUGUGUAAAUUCCGAAAGGAUGAUUCUGUAGAUAGAGUUCCCAUUUUACGGAGUUGUGUUGACGAAUUGGAGAACAUUAUUAAGACCCAAAAGGAAUUAGGAUGGGAUGAUCGGCAUCCAGACCUUGAGGAAGCUGUUAAGAGUAAACUUAUGAUUGUGGAAGAGAUAGAGGCAAUGGGUCCAUGGGGCGGUUCGUCUGUAUCCAUCGAGAUAUCUAACGUUCCUCAGGAGCAGAUGGUGACACCCGUUCGCCCGAACGUUGUCAUCAACGUUCCUGUCGAAAACGUUGGUAUCAACGGUGACGUCGUACAAGGUGACUGUUGCCAGAGAAUGUCGUCAUGCAUUUCUUGUUUCUCAAAUCGAAGGUGUUCUUGGCCAUGGUUAAUAUUGCUAAUCGUUUUCCUGUUGGUCUGUGUAGGUUUGUGUCUGUACUUUUUCGUUUUCAAAACCCCAAAACACAGCACAUAACAAAUUUCUUGAAACAGAACACACCUACUGGAGAUUUUAAAAAUUAGCAAUGCUUAUUUUUGGCAACUACAUAAUUGGGUUAUUCUCGUAACUUACCUUGCUUAGUCGGUACUUUUGCUUCUUUUGAGGGACUCAUAAUGGACGGAUUUCAGCAUAUGCUCGCAGAUUUGGAUCAAAUUAGUGUCAAUCAAUUAUAAAUAUAAUUAGUAUGAAAUUGGCAAAUGGCACUAUCUGCCAGUGCGCAGGUUGAGCGUAGAUAUUUACAUCCAAAGUGCGAAAAAUGUCAAGCAAAUUUUACAAAUGAAAAAUUUGAUGGCAUUGGGAGGGCGUUUUCUCCUCUUUUUAUGCAAAUAUCUCCGCUGACGUUGAGCAGUGGGAGAUAGUUCUAUUUGCAAAUGUCAUCCUAAUUAUAUUUGUGAUCGAUUAACGCUAAUUUGGUCCAAAUCUGUGAGCAUAGGCUGAGAGACGUCGAUUGUGAGUAUUAUAAAUUGGUAUAGAUCGGUUUUUCCUAAAGAUUGUUACAUAUAAUUUUAAAUUCACUAAACACUAAGGUUCCCUGAGGUUCAUUGGCACAUAGAUGUGUUUACGCAAAUUUUACGACUAGGGUACAAAACUUGAAACUUUUGAGUACUGAACAAAUACUAAUAAUUGAAAUAAUACAAGUACUAGUACAAGUGCUAAUAGAAAUAAUACUAAUACAAAUACAAAUAAUACAUGUAUUAAAAUUUUGAGCGAUUAAUUACACAAAAUUGAAGAUUAGUUCAAUAAUUACUGCUAAAAAAUUAGACUUAUAUAAUUUGAAACUAGAUAAUAAAAACAUGUUU